AUGGCGGAGUUCGCGCUGCCGCGGCACAGCGCGGUCAUGGAGCGCCUCCGCCGGCGCAUCGAGCUGUGCCGGCGCCACCACAGCGCCUGCGAGGCCCGCUACGAGGCCGUGUCGCCCGAGCGCCUGGAGCUGGAGCGCCAGCACACCUUCGCGCUGCACCAGCGCUGCAUCCAGGCCAAGGCCAAGCGCGCCGGCAAGCACCGCCCGCCGCCCGCCGCGCCCGCGCGCCUCGACGCCGCCGACGGCCCGGAGCUCGGACGCGCCGGCGCUCAAAGACGGGAGAUCCAAGGGUCUUGGAGAGAGCUGGUCUACCUAUACCGCACGGAGUUCCCAGAAAGCAGGCUGGACUGGGCCAGCCAUAGUGGGGCACAGGAGGCUGUGCUGGUGGUCACCUAUGAACAGAGUACAGCUAAGGAGAAACACCUGCAUGACCCUGUGAAGCGGAACCUGGACAGCGCUUCCUCCCCGCAGAACGGCGAGCCCCAGAACGGUUAUGGGGACCUUUUUGUCGCUGCCGCCACGAAUACGGGCCACAAGAAGAGCCGCCGCGAGGCACCCCCUGCAUCCCCACGGGGGGCCCCUUCAGACAAGGCCGGGGCCGCAGCCGACGCCCCCGGGAAGCCGCUGGGCAAGCAGUGCGGGGCUGAGAGCGCAGCCGCGGGGGACCCGUUCCCGCUGCACCGCGAGCUGAAGCAGGAGCCGGGCGACGACCUGCCGUGCAUGCUGACGGGCGGCGGCCCCGGCGGCGGCUCCGUGGUGCAGAACAGCCUCAUGCCCGACCUCAACCUCAACGAGCAGGAGUGGAAGGAGCUCAUCGAGGAGCUCAACCGCUCCGUGCCCGACGAGGUCAUGAAGGACCUGUUCGCCGACGACUUUGAGGACAAGAAAGAACCCGAGCCGGCCGCCGCUGCCCCCGCGGCCACCCCCGACGUGCGCGUCAAGAGCGAGUUCGAGCCUGAGCGCCGGGGCCGGGGCUCUCCUUGCUUUCUGGGCCCUGACAGCGGCGCCACGUCGCAGCCGCUGUUCCACACAACCGCGGGGCCGCCUCCCGGGGCGGAGAUCCCAGCCCCCAGCCUCCUGCCGCCUUCCACUGUGUCCGCAUCCGCUCAGCGCGCCCUGCCCGGCCAGGGCGCCUCCUCCGAGCUGUCCUCUGCGCACCAGCUGCAGCAGAUGGCAGCCAAGCAGAAGCGCGAGCAGCUGCUGCAGAACCCGCCGCCUGCUGCACCCGCCCCGGGGCCCUUGGUGGGCUCUUGGCCAGCAGCAGCCCCCGGGGCCUUCGGUGGAACUUACCCCCUGGACAAGGCAGCCAGCCCACCUGGCUACAGCAAGGCCGGCUCAGCGCUGCUGCUGGGCUCUGGUGGGAACCAGGGCUCCCCGCGGCCAGCCACCACUGGUGGCCCCUACCUCCAGACCAGCCACCACCACGCUGGGCUCCUGGGCCACACGCCUGGCGCCGGCAACUCGAGCUCUGGGCCCACGUCUGGACCAAUGCUGGACUACGGCAACACCAAGCCUCUGUCGCAUUACAAGGCCGACUGCGGGCAGGGCAGCAGUGGUGGGGGCCAGGGCAAGGCCCUGAUGGCUUCGUACCUGCCACUGAAUACCGAGCAGAACCCCUUGUUCCUUCUGAAAGCCAAGGCGGGUGCCGGGUCCUUCCGUGCCCUGGGUCCUGCCAGCCAGGAGCAGACACCCUCCAGCAUGCAGGUGACAGCCCAGGCUGGCAGCAUGGGCGGGAGUCAGAUGGCGGCCGCCGUGGGUGGGGCGCACAGCAGCGCCCCCUAUCUAAGCAGCCCGCAACAGGCAGCUGUGCUGAAGCAGCACCAGAUUCUCCUGGAGCAGCAGAAACAGCGAGAACAGCAGCAGCAGCAGCAGCAUUUCUUGCAGAGGCAGCAACUGCUGGCUGAACAGGAGAAGCAGCAGUUUCAGCGGCAUCUAACUCGCCCGCCUCCCCAGUACCAAGACCCGAAUCAGAGCACCUUUCCCCAACAGGUUGGAGCAUUCCCAGGCUCCUCGACUGCUGUGCCAGGCAUGAACAGCUGCCCGCGAGUCUUCUCCCAACCCGGGAAUCUCAUGUCACUGGGCCCUGGACUUACACCCCCAGUCUCCUCCCUGCCUGCUAGCUCAGGCACGCAAGAGCGUGGGGUGCCACAGUUCUCCACUGGCGCCCAGAAUCUGUCACAGCAGCCGCAAACCGGGGGCUUAUACAGCUUGAGCCCCGCCCUGGCCCCGCCCCAGGCUGCCAAUGGCCAUGCCCACCUGCCCCGCCCUGGUGGCACUGCGGGGGGCGGCGCCUAUGGGCAGAACUCUCUGGGGGGCACAAGCCUUGCCCAACCCGCACAUGCUAAGGGGAACUUGACCAAGCCCCCCGGCCCCCGGGUAUCUGCCACUCUAGGCAGUCAGACCUCUGCCUGGCCACACCAGGGCCUUCCACCCACCCUGAGCGCCCAGACCCCUGGCAGCGCAGGUGUGGGGACCCCCUUUGUCACCACUGCACCCACCUUCCAUCUGACACCGCAGCAGGCCCACCUAAAGAUGAGCGGCCCCCAAUUUUCGCAGGCCCUGCCCAGUCGCCCACUGGUACCUCCCGGGAGUGCCCCGCAGCAGCGGACCAGUGCUCCAGCUCCAGGUGCCCCCCAGCCUGGCUUACCUGGCCUGAGCCCAGCGGGGCCGGAGAUGGGGGGCUUCAGCCAGAGCCCAGGCCCCACACUAGGCAGCCGUGGGGGUCUGCAGUGCACCCAGGCCUACCCAGUGCGGCCAGCGGGCGCCGCCACCACCGCCGAGCUGCCAUGCCCCUUUGGUGGGGACAGCGACCUCAUUGACUCGCUGCUGAAGAAUCGGACCUCGGAAGAGUGGAUGCGGGAUCUGGAUGAGCUUCUGGGGCCCCAGUAA